CCUCCCUCCCUCUCUCCCCGCCUGCCCCUCGGGGCGGAGCGGAUCGGAUCGGGCCGGGCGGUGCCGGGCGCGCAGCUCGGAGCAUCCCGGCUGAGCUCGGUUGUGCUCCCCACGGCUCCGCCCGGCCCAGCUGGGCUCGGCACGGCUCGGAACGGCUCCGGCGGGCCCGGCUCGGUCCGCCUGCAUGCGGCGGCGGCGGCGGCGGGGAUGAACGGCUCGGUGGGAGCUCUACCGGGGAUGAACGGCUCGGUGGGACUCCCAGCGGGGAUGAACGGCUCGGUGGGAGCCCUACCGGGGAUGAACGGCUCGGUGGGAGCCCCACCGGGGAUGAACGGCUCGGUGGGACUCCCAGCGGGGAUGAACGGCUCGGUGGGAGCCCUACCGGGGAUGAACGGCUCGGUGGGAGCCCCACCGGGGAUGAACGGCUCGGUGGGACUCCCAGCGGGGAUGAACGGCUCGGUGGGAGCCCCACCGGGGAUGAACGGCUCGGUGGGAGCUCUAACGGGGAUGAACGGCUCGGUGGGAGCCCUACCGGGGAUGAACGGCUCCUCGGCGGGGCUGCCACCGGGCGCUCCGGCGGGGAUGAACGGCUCGGUGGGAGCCCUACCGGGGAUGAACGGCUCGCUGGGAGCCGCGGGGCUGCUGGCGGGGACCGGGGCCGCGGCUCUGGAGCUGGAACGGGCGCUGCGCUGCUGCACCGCCGCCUCCGUGGUGACCGACGGCAGCGGCGGGGACGCGGACGAGCGCAGCGUGUACAUCAUGCGGGUGGUGCAGAUCGCCGUGAUGUGCGUGCUGGCCCUCACCGUGGUGUUCGGCAUCUUCUUCCUCGGCUGCAACCUCCUCAUCAAGUCCGAGGGCAUGAUCAACUUUCUGGUCAAGGAGCGCCGCCCGUCCAAAGAGGUGGAGGCGGUGGUGGUGGGGCCGUACUGACCGCCGGACUGACCGGACUGACCGGACUGACCGAACGGGGUGGGCUCGGAGCUUUUCCUCCUGCAAAACGCCAGGAGAAUGGAUGCCGGGAUGCCGGAGCUCGGGAUUUGUUCGGGGUGGCCGGAGCCGCCCAUCCCAUCCCAUCCCGGCCCGGCCCGGUGCGGUCCCGCCGGCCGCGGCUGCCGAAGUAAAGCGCGCUCUGCUGGCAA